GUGAAAGGGCUCCACCUGUCAGUGCCUUGCUAGCUUUGAAGGUGGAAGGAAAAGUUAUCGAGUUAAUCUGUCUGGUAGCAAGUCCUCAGCUCUGAGAAAGCCCAAACAGAGUUGAAGCUAAUCCAGCAAUGGUGCCCCACUGUGGAUAAUGACGAUGGUAGGCAGGAGUUUGGACCAAACCAAGGAGUCUGGGAAACGUCUUAGAUGUUGGAAAACCAUGGAAACCAAUCUUUCCCAAGAUUCUCCAUAUACAUUCCAUAGAGGAAUAUAUACAGUCAUUUUAGUACAAGGGGACCUUUGUCGAGCUUCCAGCAGGCAGAGCUGCGGGACAUUAUCUGUGUUAGCCAAGCAACUGCAUUUGUGUAAUUUGUUAAAUCGGCAAUAGAAAACUAACAUAUGACCUGAGCUACCAGAAUUUAAAGCUAACAUAAAUCACAUGUGGACGUUUACUCAUGACCAACACUCUCUGGGCUACACCAAACCAGUGUUAACACAAGGUCACGCUAAGGGCAACAGCCCACAUUUACUUCCUUGUUUCUUCAGCUGAUCAUACAAUACCUGUUUUUUUUCCCCUUACAAAAUUUUUCCUUUAUGACCCCAAGAAUCCUCAGUAUGGUAAGAGACUCAUAAACUACCAACAUAUCUACUCCUAUCUGGGUCCCACAGUUUCAUUACCUGGCUUCAGUUUCCUCAGUAUCCUGGGAAAUUGCUUAAGGUGCCAGGCACCACUGCAGUGAUUCCGGAUCUGACCACAGCUCCAUCAGAGCGUCUCUGCUGAUCUCUUAUUGCCGGGGAAGCCGUUCAUGGAAAGCUUCUGACAUGUCAAGGCGUUAUCUUCUCUUUGAGGUCUCCGUGCUUCCAGAUAAAGUGAGAAGAAUCGCUUGACUCACUUCAUGUUAAAUGUCUUUGAAACGGUUUCAUAGCAGUGUGUCUCGGGAUUAAACACUUUUUAGGUUUUAAAAAUGUCCUUUUGAUGAAACAACUCUACCACUUGAAUUAUAAUUCCCAUCUAAGGUUCAAUUGUACAUCAAGAGGGCUUAGACAAAGGAGUGUAUGAUACCUCCCCUUCCCCACACACCUUUCCCCAGGAGAAAGGAGGCUCCAGAACAUGUUUCUAAAGCAAGCUUUGUACUAAAUAUUUGAUGACGUACUUCUAGGACUUUAUUUUGCAUUUAUUACUCUUAGGUUUCUCCGUGUUGUGUUGGUGGUUCUUUUGUCUUUGUAGUAUACUGUGCCUGGAGUUUUGACAAUUUCGAAUUCCCAGGAAAACGGCUGAUACAGGGUCUACCAGACGGUGGCGCUGUUGGCCUGCACCAUGGCUCCGAGCUGCCCUGAAGAGACUUUUGCACAGUUCAUUCACCUGGCAAUCGCAAUCGAAAAUGAGCGCGUCGCUUGGCAACAAGUCCAAGUUUUACAGUUUCGGACGAGGUUUCCUGCUGGCUGCUAUGUGGUGAGUUCCGGAAACCUCAGCGCCCGCAGAUUUCCCUUUGUGGGGCGCCCGCCCCAACUUCAUCCUCUGAGGGCAGCCACGCCCCACUAGGCGAAGCUGAGACUGGAAAGCCUAAAGCCUUUCCCUGAGGCUGGCACACCUUGCUGUGCCUCACCUGCCUCUUCCAGUCCCCUGAAUGGCCAGCUCCACCUGAAACCAGAGUGACCUGAGGAGGAACAAGGAGAGAGAGGCAGGUUUCCUAAUUCUUGGAGGAGAAAGAAAAGGUCAACAAGGUCAGAUGCUGUUGUGCCUCUAGGUGCUUCAGGAACCACCCACCAAACCUGAGGUCAAACUGCCAACCUGUUAUCCCAGAGCCAAGUCAGUGCUGAUUCCACGUCUCUCAUACUGUAGAGAGCUCACAGCCACCACUGAUCCACACUGAGGAGGGGACACACUCUGCCUUGACUCUCAACUCUACAGAAGGAGACUAGUCAGAAGUAAAGCAGUAGGCUGCCCUGACUCCAGAGACAUCCUUCUCUCAACACGGGUACAGUAAUAACACACGAAGUCCUUGAAAAUAUUGCACUGCUGUGGCUGUACUCCCUGCAGCCUCUGUGGGCCCAACAGAGGAGUCUAGCCCUGUGGCUAUGGGAGAGAAGGGUCGCCUGAGCCGGCUGCUGUUGGAAUGCAGUCUCAGUGACAAGCUGUGUGUUGUUCAAGAGAAGCAGUAUGAAGUAAUCAUUGUUCCGGCUCUCCUGGUUGGCAGCUUCCUCAUCCUUCUUGCAAUCAUCCUGUGGCUUUUUAUCAGAGGACAGAGAUCCCAAAGGCAGCACCCUGGACCCCGAGGCACUACCUCUGUACCUGCAUCUAGGGGCCGAAGCCAGGAAGCAGUGGGACAUGGAGAAAAGGUGUUCGUGCCUCUUAAGGAGACUUCAGUGGAGAGCUUUCUACGAGCAGUCACACCUUCCCUGGCUAAGCUACAGGUGCCCAGGGAACAACUCCUGGAGGUCCUGGAACAGAUCCACAGUGGUAGUUGUGGAACCCUCUACCAUGCAAAAAUGACCACCAUGGAGCACCCUAAUCCAAAAAGUGUUGUCCUCAAGGCUCUAGAAGGCUCAGUUGGACUCCAGGAGGUCCAGGAUUUUAUAGGGCGAAUCCAAUUCUAUCAGUACCUGGGGAAACAUAAGAACCUGGUACAGCUGGAAGGCUGCUGUACAGAAAGGCUGCCACUCUACAUGAUGCUGGAGGAUGUGGUCCCAGGGGAUCUGCUCAACUUUCUUUGGACCUGUCGCAGGGACGUGAUGACCAUGGAUGGCCUCCUCUAUGAUCUCACAGAAAAACAAAUAUAUCAUAUUGGAAAGCAGGUCCUUUUGGCCCUGGAAUUCCUGCAGGAGAAACAUCUAUUUCAUGGGGAUGUGGCCGCCAGGAACAUCCUGAUCCAGAGUGACCUGACUCCCAAACUUUGUCAUCUGGGCUUGGCGUAUGAAGUUCAUACUCAUGGGGCCAUCUCCUCUGCUCGCUCCAGCACCAUCCCUCUCAAGUGGCUCGCUCCAGAACGGCUUCUCCUGAGACCUGCAAGCAUCAGGGGAGAUGUUUGGUCCUUUGGGAUCCUGCUUUAUGAGAUGGUGACUCUAGGGGCACCUCCAUACCCUGAAGUCCCUCCCACCAGCAUCCUACAGUAUCUGCAGAGAAAGAAAAUCAUGAAGAGACCCAGCAGCUGCACACAUGCCAUGUACAACAUCAUGAAGUACUGUUGGCGCUGGAGUGAGGACAGCCGUCCCUUACCUGGUGAGCUGCGCCUGCGCCUGGAAGCUGCCUCUAGAACCGCCAAUGACAAGGCUGUGUUGCAAGUGCCAGAGUUAGUGGUGCCUGACCUGUAUGCAGAUGUGGCUGGCAUCAGUACGGAGAGCCUUUCCGAUAGCUACAGUGUCCUUUGAAGGUGGUUCCAGACAAGUGCAUGGAAUGAGUUUCUUCAAGAAGAGAGGGAAGGAACUUUCUAUGAGCCACAAAGGGGAAAAAAAGGAGCAUGGAUCCUGCAUCUUUCCCUAAACAUUUUUCUAGAAAUAUGAAAUGUUGCUGGAUGAGUCUCUGCCUCUACACAUUGUGUACUCUUGAGCUAGUAAUCAUCAUCAAUCACAGUUUGCUUUCCAGUCCCAAGGACAGAGGUGGCCAGUGUCAUUCCAAAGGAAGUCUUAAAAAGCUGCAAUGAUUGUUAGGAAUAGGGCAAAAGGGCUGGUCCCACUCACUCUAGGCUGAUUUACCACUGAAACUAUUUUUUAAAUCUAAACUAUUGCAGAGUACAAAUAAAGCAAAGGGGUAUGAAUGAAUAGCUCCUAAUUUUUAAAUAUAAGAAUUCAUGAGAAAGAAAAUGCAAGGUUCUUUUUGUUGAUAAGUAUAAGGUAGAUCAGUAUAUCCUUCAGGGAAAGGUUUUGUCUCCUCUAUGUUGAAGGAAUAUAAAAGUUCUAGUCCCUUCAUGAAUAGCUGAAGAACUGUAAGAAAUAAUACUGAGUUUUUCCUUGACUGUAGAUAGAAGAGCGUCCUUUUGUUGAACUCCGAGACAGUAGGAACCACCUAUGAUUCUAAGUUUAAUUAGAAACAAGAGGCAUCACUUGAUGAUUAAGAACAUUGUUCAUCACAUUUGCUUGCCCGUUCCUGUAAGACUAAGGAGACUCAACCUAAAGAACCAAAGUUAGAACCAGGGAUGAUGAAAUGUAUGGGUGUGUGUGGUGUGUGUGUGUGUGUGUGUGUGUGUGUGUGUGUGUGUGUGUGUGUGUAACAAAUAAGCAUGGAAGCCAGCAAGAAAACUUAGUAACUCAGGUGUUCAUUAAGAGGUACAGAGAAGAAUAAUCUCAUAGGAAUACAUGGUAGCUUUUACAUUUUAAUCAUCCAUUGAAAUACUGUGAAACAACUCAUUAAAUUAGUAUUUAUUGACCAAAAGUAGACUUUUCAGGUGUAUAGCUGCCAAAAUUUAUACAAUAAGGAGGGUAAAGGAAAAUAAGUGGAAGUAAUUUUACUAGAAAGUCUAAAGAACCUACAUUUUCCAAAAGGAGAUUCAUUGUAUACAAAAUGAGAUGACUAUCUACCUCAGAGGGUUGGUAUGAGGGCCAAUGAGAAUAUGUAUUUGUGUAAUAUGUGGAAUAUAAUAUGUUCUCAAUAAAUACUAGUUUUUCUACUA